AUGUUCACUAAUUUUAUUGUCGCCGUUGUGAGCAUUUAUACUUCUGCGUUAGUGUGUCUGCGUUGCUCUUCACAGAAGAGAGAUCUGGGAAUUGGAAGGGACCUGGACGACAACAUGCUUGCCAUUGAUGGUGCCAGGGGAGUUUGGGAAGUUUCACAAUUGAAGGAAACCCUCAGCAAUGGCACUCCAGUCCUGCUUGGUUGGCACUGGCAUGAAGUCAUCCACCAGGCAGUCCCAGAUGACCUGACAAACAACUCGGACUAUGUUGGCCACGGUGGAGUGGCCGACCUGGGUCAGGUUGUUGUCAGCACACCACACAGCCAAGUGCUGGACCUUGUCCCUGUAGGCCAUCUCAUCGUCCCCUCUGAUCAGGCCUACCACCAUGAUGCCUUCUGCAAACUUGAUUAUGGUGUUAGAACCAUGUACAGGAACACAGUCAUGGGUGAAGAGGGAGUACAGAAGAAGGCUCAGCACACGGCCUUGUGGCACACCGGUGUUAAGGGUGAGAGUGGAGGAGGAGAGUUUUUGCCUCUGCUGAUUCUUAUAGUUUCCAGUUUGGCCCAGUCUGCUCCCAACUGCAGUAUCUCCAUGAUCCAAGACUGUGAUGAGAUCUCUAGAAUCACUAAGUGGAAAAGUGGGGUAUACACAAUCUAUCCAGGUGGAUCUCCUGUGGAGGUUUACUGCGACAUGGACUCUAACGGAGGAAGAUGGACAGUGAUUCAGAGGAGAAUGGAUGGUACGGUGAAUUUCUUCCGGCCCUGGGAUCAGUAUAAGAAAGGCUUUGGGAAUGCAGAGGGGGAGUACUGGCUAGGACUGGAAAACAUUAACCAGCUGACACAGAGUAAAGAGUAUGAGCUGAGAGUAGACCUGGAGGACUUUUCAGGAGUGAAAGUCUAUGCCCUGUACUCGUCUUUCUCUGUCGCCUCUGAGACCGAGGGCUACAGGCUGCUGAUUGGUGGAUUUACUGACGGAGGGGCAGGAGACUCGCUGACCUAUCACAACGGUUCUAAAUUCUCCACUUUUGAUGUAGACCAGGAUGCCAGUGAUGCUGACUGUGCCAGGAGAUUUCUUGGAGCAUUCUGGUAUCGUGACUGCCAUUAUUUCAACCCUAACGGUGUAUACGUGUGGGGACAGCACAAUGAUCAUUAUGCUAUUGGCAUUACAUGGAAAGCAUGGAAAGGUUUUAACUACUCUGUCAAGGCCGUUUCUAUGAAGAUCAGACCGGUGUCGUAG